GGGUAAUGUGAAAUUUGGUGGUUACAAAAAAAAGAAAGAGGGCGCUGUUAAUUAAAGAUAGAGAGACGACUGAGCGAGUUUUUGGGAAAUGGCGAAAUUUUGGUGUGAUUUUCGGUUUCUUCUCUUUGUUGCAGCCUUGGUGUUCAUCUACAUCCAGAUGAGACUUUUCGCAUCACAAUCACAAUAUGCUGAUCGCCUCGCUGCUGCUAUUGAAGCUGAAAAUCACUGUACAGCUCAAAUCCGAUCACUCAUUGAUCAGAUUAGCUUGCAACAAGGACGCAUUCUCGACUUACAACAAGAAAGGAACCGUCGAGAGCAAGAAUGUAGCCAAAUCAAGUCUCUUGUUCAAGAUCUUGAAAGAAAAGAUGUACGAAGGCUGAUUGAUAAAGUCCAGGUUCCAGUGGCAGCUGUUGUCAUCAUGGCAUGUAAUCGUGCUGAUUACCUGGAGAGGACUAUCAAUUCUGUAUUGAAAUAUCAAAGGCCCAUUUCUUCAAGAUUUCCUUUAUUUGUAUCACAGGAUGGAUCAAAUUCAGACGUCAAAAGAAAGGCUCUGAGCUACGAUGAGCUAUCUCAUAUGCAGCACUUAGAUUUUGAGCCGGUUCAAACUGAAAGGCCAGGAGAGUUAAUUGCUUACUAUAAGAUUGCACGUCAUUACAAGUGGGCUCUUGGUCAACUGUUCGACAAGCAUAACUUCAACAGAGUCAUCAUUCUCGAAGAUGACAUGGAAAUAGCACCUGAUUUCUUUGAUUAUUUUGAAGCUAUGGCAACUCUCCUUGACAAGGAUAAGUCCAUUAUGGCUGUUUCGUCAUGGAAUGACAAUGGACAGAAGCAGUUUGUACAUGAUCCAUAUGAACUUUAUCGCUCGGACUUCUUUCCUGGACUAGGAUGGAUGCUGGCUAGAUCUACAUGGGAUGAACUAUCACCAAAAUGGCCGAAGGCCUACUGGGACGAUUGGUUGAGAUUAAAAGAGAAUCACAAAGGACGACAAUUUAUCCGACCCGAAGUAUGCAGAACAUAUAAUUUUGGAGAACAUGGCUCUAGUUUGGGACAGUUUUUUAAGCAAUAUCUUGAGCCAAUCAAGCUGAAUGAAGUCCAGGUCGACUGGAAGUCAAUGGACUUGAGCUAUUUGUUGGAGGACAAAUAUGUUAUACACUUCGCCAACAUUAUUAAAAAAGCUAAACCUGUCUCUGGAGCAGACUUCGCUCAGAAGGCACGCAAUAUAGACGGUGAUGUGCGUAUAAAGUAUAAAGAUCAGUGGGACUUUGAAAACAUUGCUCAACAAUUUGGUAUAUUUCAAGAGUGGAAGGAUGGUGUGCCUAGGACAGCUUAUAAAGGAGUAGUCGUUUUCAGAUAUCAAACCACGAAGCGUAUAUUCCUUGUUGGCCCAGAAUCUUUGAAGCUACUUCAGAUUGAAUAAAUUCUUAAUGCUGGGUGACAAAUAAAUUACUCACAGCCCAAGAGAGUUGUUGUUUUCAGAUGUCAAUCUUACUGAGUAGUUUAUACCGAGCUUAAGAGACUAUGAUGUGGCUGAAAGUGUAAAAGGUACGGAUGAGAAUGUGCUGGAACACUAUAACGCACACCAUCCCAUGUAUCUUGUAGAGAUCAAGAUUUUGUCUUGUGGAGUAUUGUGGAACACGAUAACGCACACCAUCCCAUGUAUCUUGUAGAGAUCAAAAUUUUGUCUUGUGGAGUAGUGUGAUACUGUGAUCAUAGAGUGUGGCCUUGGGGUAGAAGAUAAUAUCUAUCCUACGGAUAGAAAGGUGUACUUCUAAAUAUAAAUAAUAAUUUAUUCGAUUUGCAUUUCUUGACUGUUCUUGUUUAAGUGCUAUUUCCGCAUUGUAUAACUAUGAAAAAAGAAAAGAUUAAGUCUA